UCUAAUUUGAAACCAGUGGAAUGGGGUUUUCUUCUUCCCCAAAAAAUUUGAAAACAGAGGGAAACCUAACCAGACAAACAGAAAGGCUCGUCUGAAGCUGGCGGUAAUGGCGCUGGACUCCAAUUCAAUACCUCUACAGGACCAAGAAGAACAAGAACCACAGUUACAAGACCACAACGCAACCGCACACCACUUCUGCUCCCCCUGAUGAGCUGUUUGACAUCUCAACAACAGUAGAUCCUAGUUAUGUGAUCUCUCUGAUACGGAGACUUCUACCAGCUAAUGCAAACCAUAAACACAAUUCGUCGGGUUUUGAGGCCCUUGUGCAAGGAUUAAAUGCUGAUUCCAUGGAAAAGAGCGAGCCCACUCCACCUGGAGUCAUAUCACUGCACUCAUCAAAAGAUGUAUCUGAAAGCAUGGACAUUAUUGACGAUUGUCAUAAAAAUGCUCCGGAGGAAGGAGAAAACGUUGAUUUAUAUGGUGUCCCAGUGGGAAUAGAGGCUUGGGAAGAGUAUGGUUGCAUUUUAUGGGAUCUUGCUGCAAGUAAAACUCAUGCAGAACUCAUGGUGCAAAACCUUGUACUUGAAGUGCUUUUAGCAAACCUUAUGGUUUCACAAUCUGUGCGUGCUAUGGAAAUUAGCCUUGGAAUUAUUGGAAACCUUGCCUGUCAUGAAGUUCCCAUGAAACAAAUAAUUUCUACAAAUGGAUUAAUUGGAAUAAUUGUGGAUCAAUUGUUUUCUGAUGAUGCUCAGUGUUUAUGUGAAAUCUGCAGGCUGUUAACUGUGGGUCUUCAUAGUAGUGAACGUAUUACUUGGGCCAAGGCAUUGCAGUCUGAACACAAUCUGAGCCGCAUUCUAUGGAUUGCAGAAAAUAGCUUAAAUCUACAGCUUAUAGAAAAGAAUGUUGAACUCUUGUUAGCCACCAUUGAAAACUCAGACGAAGUUGUGCAUAUUCUCCUUCCACCUUUAAUGAAGCUGGGAUUAGCAAGUCUACUCAUAAUUCUCUUGGAUUUCGAAAUGAGCAAAUUAAUGAGUGAAAGAGAACCUGAAAGGUACCCAAUUCUUGAUGUAAUCCUCCGUUCCAUUGAAGCUCUCUCAGUUAUUGAUGGUCAUUCCCAACACAUCUGUUCAAACAAGAAACUUUUUCAGCUAGCUUGUGACCUAGUCAAACUCCCUGAUAAAGUUGAGGUGUCAAAUUCUUGUGUUACAGCUGCAAUUCUAAUUGCGAACAUUCUUUCAGAUGAAUCUACUCUAGCAUCGGAGAUAGCGGAGGAUUUGCCUUUCUUACAGGGUCUGCUUGAUUUAUUUCCCUUUUCUUCGGACGAUUUGGAAGCAAGGAGUGCACUCUGGAACAUCAUUGCAAGGUUAAUGGUUCGAGUUAAGGAAAAGGAAAUGAGCUCAUCAGUUCUCCAGCAGUAUGUUUUGGUUCUAGUCAACAAAUCUGAUGCGAUUGAAGAUGAUCUUCUUGACUUUCAAUUAGGUGACUUACAGUCAAAAGCUAGAACUACAGCUCUUAGAAGGAUCGUCAGUAUUUUAAAUCAAUGGACUACUUCAAAGGAUUAUGCCAAGGAUAAUGACAUGACGGACGAACAUGCAGAUGAUUUAAGUGUUGAUAGAUUGCUGCACUGCUGUCGUAAGCAUUCUGAGCAUGAACCGUCUACAGUUUCUCAGGGUACGGAAGAAUAGAGUCAUGGCAGCGACAGAAUCACCAGGACGAACAUAAUCUGUUUGAGAUGUAGUUGUAAGAACGGGAUUUCCAGAAACCAAAACUACAUCUCAAACACAGAAGUGGAUAUUUGCAUAUUAGAAAACCUGCUUAAUGCAACUCGAAUAAUGUUUUGCUGAGGCAAGGAAAGUCAGGACAGAUGGUUGCACCGUCAAAGUUUCUGAAACUGAACAGAGGUACCUAAGAUAGGAGAGGAUAACAUAUACGAUCUGCCCAAUUUGCAUCAAUGCUGGAUGAUCUUUGUAAUGCUGAAACUGCGCGAGCCGAUAGAUAAAAGAAUCAUGCAAGUACAUUGGUGUAUGGCUGCUGAUUAUGUUUGAUACAAUAAUAAAGCUUACAAAUUCCAUGUACUA